UGGUUUACCUUUAAUAAAAGAAACAAUUUACUUUCUCGAAAGUAUUCUACUUUGCUAACCCUAAAUAAUCAUCUUUUGUUUCCCCUUAGAUUGCUGUCGCUUGGCAGCAUCCGGUCACCGUGCCGGAGUUGUUUUCUCCACAGGGUAUCAUUCGCCAAACGGUUCUGACGCCUUUUUCACACGGCUCUCUUUCACACUAAACACCACCCAUUUCCCCUCCAUCACAAACCCAUCUUCAUCGCCCCCCAAACGAUUCCCAAACGCCUCCUCUUCAAAAUGGCCGAUACCCACAAGUCCCAUUCUUUCCCUUCCCUCGAAAAAGCCUCAAAACCCGAGUUACUCCGUGCCGUUGAGUCUUCCCUAGGAACAUCUUUCAGCUCCGAAUCGAUUCUCCCCGCCCCAAACCCUUUAAUCCUCGUCUUAAGCGGUCCGAGUGGCAAAGAUGCAGUCAUCAAACGGCUGAGACAACUCCGGGAGAAUCUUCAUUUCGUCGUCACGGCCAUGAGUAGACCGAUGAGACCCGGUAAGGUUGAUGGUAAAGAUAUUUUUUUUGUGUCAAAGGAAGAGUUUUUAUCGAUGGGUCAGAAAGAUGAGCUUUUGAAGUAUGCUAUGGUUUAUGGGGAUUAUAAAGGGAUACCCAAAAGGCAAAUCAGGGAAUUCAUGGGGAAAGGGUGUGAUAUUGUGUUGAGGGUCGAUAUUCAAGGGGCUGAAACAUCGAGGAGGAUCCUUGGGGAUUCUGGGGUGUUCAUAUUUCUUGUUGCUGAGAGUGAAUUAGCGUUUGUUGAGAGGCUGAUUGAGAGGAAGACUGAGAGUAAAGAGGAAUUGCUUGUGAGGAUUGCUACUGCCUCUUCCAUCAGUCGCGUUCGAUUACUGGUUCAUGUCUUCGUCGCUAUCUUUUUUUAGUUUUAGAUAUCGACAAUGCCAUUUUUAAGA